CCCGCCUCCUUCCUGCGACCGCGACCCUGGGAUUGAGUGUGGGUCCCAGGGGCAAGGGGAGGGAGCGGGCAGAGGCAGGCGGGUCAUGCCCUGGUCGUCCCGCGCCGUUCUCCUUCGGGAUCUGAUCUUGGGCGUUUUGGGCACCGCCGCCUUCCUGCUCGACUUGGGCGCGGACCUGUGGGCCGCCGGCCAGUAUGCGCUCAGCGGCCGCUACCUAUGGGCCGCGCUGGUGCUGGCGCUGCUAGUCCUCGCAUCGGUAGCGCUGCAGCUCUUUAGCUGGGUCUGGCUGCGCGCCGACCCGGUUGGUCUGCACGAGUCGCAGCCUCCCGGCCGCUGCUUGGCGCUGCUGCACUUCCUGCAGCUGGGCUACCUGUACAGAUGCCUGCAGGGGCUGCAGCAGGGGCUGUUGGUGUGGCAGCAGGAGGAGCCUUCCGAGUUUGACCUGGCCUAUGCCGACUUCCUGUCCUUGGACAUCAGCAUGCUGCGGCUCUUUGAGACCUUCCUGGAAACGACGCCACAACUCACACUGGGGCUGGCCAUCGUGCUACAGAGUGGCCGCGCUGAGUACUACCAGUGGCUUAGCAUCUGCACAUCCUUCUUGGGCAUCUCAUGGGCACUGCUGGACUACCACCAGGCCUUGCGCACCUGCCUUCCCUCCAAGCCCCUCCUGAGCCUGGGCUCCUCUGUCAUCUACUUCCUGUGGAACCUGCUACUACUGGGGCCCCGAGUCCUGGCGGUGGCCCUGUUCUCAGCCCUCUUCCCCCACUAUGUGGCCCUGCACUUUCUGGGCCUGUGGCUGGUGCUGCUGCUCUGGAUCUGGCUUCAGGGCACAGACUUUAUGCCAGGCCCUGCCUCUGAGUGGCUGUACCGGGCGACAGUGGCCACCAUCCUCUAUUUCUCCUGGUUCAAUGUGUCUGAGGGCCAUACCCGAGGCCGGGCCACCAUUCACUUGGCAUUCCUCCUAAGUGACAGUGUUUUGCUGGUGGUCACUUGGGUGACUCAUAGCACCUGGCUGCCUGUCGGGAUCCCAUUGCACAUGUGGCUUCCCUUGGCCRGUGUCUGCUUACUUUUAGGUCUGGCUCUGCGCCUUGUCUACUACCGCUGGCUCCACCCUAGCUGCCGCUGGGAGCCUGACCGGGUGGAUGGGGCCCGAAGUCUCUCUCCUUUGCCACACAGUCAGCUGCCUCAGAACAGGCGUAUGAUUCACUUGGCUCGGAACUUUUUCCCCAAGGCUAAAGAUCAGGCUGCUUUGUCAGGGAAAGGAGAGGUGAAUGGGGUCCUCUGAGGCAGGGUCAGACCAGCCUAGGGAGUUCACAGUGUAAUAAAAUGAGAAGGCCUGGGCCCUGGAGGGCCAAGUGUGCCAAUUAUUAUGUAGGAGACACUUUUCUCCUUUUCCCCAACCAGUAUAGCUGGUGUCCCAGAGCUUCCCAUGGCUGGUAUUUUCACCUUUCAAGUAAUUGGUGGAAGUGCCAUGCCACCCUUGUUUUCCUGAUCUUGCCUAGAAGGCCCCAGGACACCUAUGGGCUGGCUCUCUGGAAUUUUUCCCUGCACUACCCCAUUUGUUUAGUUCAUUCAACAAAUGUUUACUGAGAGCACUUUAUGUGCUGGGAACAUUUUUCUAACUGUGGAACCAGCUGCUGCUCUAUAGUUUCAUCCUCUGCCUGCUCCAGCCAAUCCUGAGUAGGAUCUGAAAGGCUGGUGGACCAACUCUACACGGCCCCUGCCAGCACCUCCAGGGUCUUAGCACAGCUGUUUCAGCCUUGGCUCCUCCAGGGGCUGCUUUUUGCCCAAGUGCCUUGUGGGCCUGUGGUCUGGACCAUGCACAGCCCAUUGAGUAUUUUUAUUCUUUAACCAGUGUACCUCCUACCUCAGAGUUGAUGUGAGAGGAAGAGAAUGUGUAUAUAUACGUGUUGCUGCCAGUGAG